UCUUCAUUCUGUUUACUUUAACACUCGUUCACUCUAAACCAAUUUAUCAUCUUGUUAUAUUUUCGACUCUUUCCUUUCUCAAAGAAUGGCCGAUCCCUUUCUUGGAGUUGUGUUCGAGAAUUUGAUGUCUCUGCUUCAAAUUGAAUUUUCUACCAUUUAUGGAAUCAAGUCAAAGGCUGAAAACCUAUCAACCACCUUAGUUGACAUUAGGGCCGUUCUUGAAGAUGCUGAGAAGAGACAAGUCACAGACAACUUUAUUAAGGUAUGGCUACAAGACCUCAAAGAUGUUGUAUAUGUGCUCGAUGACAUCCUUGAUGAAUGCUCGAUCAAGUCUAGUCGACUGAAAAAAUUCACCUCUUUAAAGUUUCGCCAUAAGAUCGGUAACAGGUUGAAAGAGAUUACAGGGAGGUUGGAUCGUAUUGCUGAACGUAAGAACAAGUUUUCUCUACAGACGGGUGGAACUCUUAGGGAAAGCCCAUAUCAAGUAGCUGAAGGGCGCCAAACCAGCUCCACCCCUCUUGAAACAAAAGCGUUGGGAAGAGACGAUGAUAAAGAAAAGAUUGUCGAGUUUCUUCUCACCCAUGCGAAGGACUCUGACUUCAUUUCUGUCUAUCCCAUUGUUGGCUUAGGUGGUAUUGGAAAAACAACUCUUGUUCAGUUGAUCUACAACGAUGUUAGGGUGAGUGACAAUUUUGAUAAAAAAAUUUGGGUUUGUGUUUCUGAGACUUUCUCAGUCAAGAGGAUUUUGUGUUCUAUUAUAGAAUCUAUCACAUUAGAGAAGUGUCCUGACUUUGAGUUAGAUGUAAUGGAAAGAAAGGUGCAAGGAUUGUUGCAAGGGAAAAUAUAUUUGCUGAUUUUGGAUGAUGUGUGGAAUCAAAAUGAACAAUUGGAAUAUGGGUUAACACAAGAUAGAUGGAAUCGUUUGAAAUCUGUUUUGUCCUGUGGAUCAAAAGGUAGUUCCAUUUUAGUGUCCACUCGUGAUAAGGAUGUUGCAACAAUCAUGGGAACAUGCCAAGCUCACUCUUUGUCUGGUCUCUCUGAUAGUGACUGUUGGUUGUUGUUCAAACAACAUGCAUUUAGACAUUACAGAGAAGAGCAUACAAAGCUUGUGGAAAUAGGAAAGGAGAUAGUAAAAAAAUGUAAUGGAUUACCUCUUGCAGCAAAAGCAUUGGGAGGUUUAAUGUUCUCAAUGAAUGAAGAAAAGGAAUGGCUUGAUAUUAAAGACAGUGAGCUUUGGGAUUUACCACAAGAAAAAUCUAUUUUGCCUGCUUUGAGGUUGAGUUACUUUUAUUUAACACCAACCCUAAAGCAAUGUUUCUCUUUUUGUGCUAUAUUUCCCAAAGAUAGAGAAAUCUUGAAGGAAGAAUUGAUUCAACUUUGGAUGGCUAAUGGAUUUAUUGCAAAGAGGAAUUUAGAGGUUGAAGAUGUUGGAAACAUGGUUUGGAAGGAAUUGUACCAAAAAUCAUUCUUUCAAGACUGUAAGAUGGGUGAAUAUUCUGGAGACAUUUCUUUCAAGAUGCAUGAUCUUAUCCAUGAUCUCGCUCAAUCAGUAAUGGGACAAGAAUGCAUGUAUUUGGAGAAUGCAAACAUGAGUAGUUUGACAAAAAGCACACACCACAUAAGUUUUAACUCCGAUACUUUUUUAUCAUUCGAUGAGGGUAUCUUCAAAAAAGUUGAAUCCUUGCGAACAUUGUUUGACUUGAAGAAUUAUUCCCCAAAAAACCAUGAUCACUUCCCAUUAAACCGCUCUCUUCGGGUUUUAUGCACAUCCCAGGUAUUAUCACUAGGGAGCUUAAUUCAUUUAAGGUAUUUGGAACUUCGUUAUCUUGAUAUAAAAAAGUUUCCUAACUCAAUUUACAACUUAAAAAAACUGGAAAUCUUGAAAAUAAAAGAUUGUGAUAAUCUGAGUUGUCUUCCUAAACACUUGACUUGUUUACAAAAUCUUAGACAUAUAGUCAUUGAAGGAUGUGGAUCUUUGUCUCGAAUGUUUCCUAGCAUUGGAAAAUUAUCCUGUCUAAGAACAUUAAGUGUGUACAUUGUUAGUUUAGAGAAAGGGAAUAGCUUGACAGAGUUACGUGAUCUAAACCUCGGUGGAAAACUGAGUAUCGAAGGCUUAAAAGAUGUUGGCAGUUUAUCUGAAGCUCAAGAAGCCAAUUUGAUGGGGAAAAAAAACCUCGAAAAAUUAUGCUUGUCAUGGGAAAACAAUGAUGGAUUUACCAAGCCACCAACUAUUAGUGUUGAGCAGCUACUCAAAGUGCUUCAACCUCACUCAAAUCUCAAGUGCUUGGAAAUAAAGUACUACGACGGAUUAUCAUUACCAAGUUGGGUAAGUAUUCUUAGUAAUUUAGUUUCUCUUGAACUUGGGGAUUGCAAGAAAUUUGUGCGGCUUCCGUUACUUGGUAAACUACCAUCUCUAGAAAAACUGGAAUUAUCUUCUAUGGUUAAUCUGAAAUACUUGGAUGAUGAUGAAUCUCAGGAUGGCAUGGAGGUGAGGGUUUUCCCAUCUCUGAAGGUACUCCACUUAUAUGAGUUACCAAACAUAGAGGGGUUAUUGAAAGUGGAAAGAGGAAAGGUGUUUCCUUGUCUUUCUCGUUUGACAAUAUACUAUUGCCCUAAGCUAGGACUGCCAUGUCUUCCAUCUCUUAAAUCCCUCAAUGUUUCGGGAUGUAACAAUGAGUUACUGAGGUCAAUCCCUACCUUUCGUGGUCUUACUGAGCUUACCCUAUAUAACGGCGAAGGAAUAACAUCCUUCCCAGAGGGGAUGUUCAAAAACCUUACUUCUCUUCAAUCUCUGUUUGUAGAUAAUUUCCCAAAUCUGAAGGAGUUACCAAAUGAACCCUUUAACCCAGCUUUGACGCAUCUGUAUAUCUAUAAUUGUAAUGAGAUUGAGUCCCUACCAGAGAAAAUGUGGGAAGGUCUUCAAUCCCUUAGGACUCUAGAGAUUUGGGAUUGUAAAGGAAUGCGAUGCUUGCCAGAGGGUAUUCGACACCUCACUUCUCUUGAGUUUCUGAGAAUUUGGAGUUGCCCAACAUUAGAGGAACGAUGCAAAGAGGGAACAGGGGAGGAUUGGGACAAGAUAGCUCAUAUUCCAAAAAUAAAGAUUUAUUAGAAUGAAGAAGCGCAGAGACGUUUACCCUUAUCUGCCUCAAUCACCAUCACAAAAAUCUAUUUUAGUGAAAGAGCUGUAGAGUACGUACAUGAAAGAUAUUUUACUGUUCAAUUGGGACGUGUGUCGGAGCUCUGUGUACAUGAAAGGAAUUACUUACUUAAUACACAGUUUAUGGAACAUAUAUUGAGUGAGGGAAGCAAAGAUAUAAAUGUGUGUAAUGCUCUACAAUGGAAGUUCUUAUGAUUGCUGAUUUCCCCCAUUAGUUGAUUGAGCUUCUUCAACAGAUAGUGCUGCACAAUUCUGCCUUUGGUUGAAACUUCAAUUUGCUUUCUUAUGUAAAAUAUAUAUGAUAGCAACUUUUUGUCAGAAAAUUUUGAGUUUACAGUCUCAUUAUUGUUUCAAUGAUUGUUAGUUAGCCAUUUAUUUGUUCUUAUUCAUAGUAAAAAAAAUGGUUCAGUUUA